GGGGAAAAGAGAGUGAGGGAGAGCGGAGAUCCUGAGCAAAGAGCGAGAGCGAGGGAGAGGAGAGGAGAGGGAGAGAGAGAGGGAGGAGAGACACGCAAGCAAAGGCACACCGGCACCGGAAUUCCAUUAGAAAAAAGUGAGCCGAGCAAGGGAGAGCGGGAGAAGAUUUUUUUGAAUCUUUUUCUUCAUCUUGGUGCCAAAGAAGCGACUCUGGUCUCUCGUCCUAGAAGCUCCUACUGGAUUGCUCCCAUUCCGUCGGUGGAUUUCUUUCCCAUUUGCAUUUAUUCUGACCCCCACCUCCCUCGCUGCUUUCUUCCUUCACUUUCAGAUCGCCUCGCCCCCACCUCUCCAGUCCCCUCCUGGGAAGUGCAGGGGAAUUGGACCCACGGGGACUCACGCCUUCCCGGACGCGCGAGCCAAGGGCUGGGCUGACCUCAGGACCAGGCUGUUGGCUUAGAAGGCAGCCAGACACAUAGCUACGUGUGUUUGAUUUCAGUGGCAAGGGGGGGGACGUCGAGAGAGGCAGCCCACUGCCCGCCUCCCACCCCUCCCCCUCCAGCCAGCAGCGAGAAUCCCAGGACUCUGGGUCUUCAACCGGCGGCCGCCCGGCGGGAUCUCUGCAUUGGAUUUGGGGGUCGUUAUCAUUGCUUGGCUGUUAUUAUUACCGUUGUUAUUUUAUUUUUAUUUUUUAAACCUAAGGGAGAAAGACACAUACACACAAAACUGUGGGAUUUAUUUAACAUGAUCUUGGCAAACGCCUUCUGCCUCUUCUUCUUUUUAGACGAAACCCUCCGCUCUUUGGCCAGCCCUUCCUCCCUGCAGGGCUCUGAGCUCCGCGGCUGGCGCCCCCAAGUGGACUGUGUCCGGGCCAAUGAACUGUGUGCGGCUGAAUCCAACUGCAGCUCCAGGUACCGCACCCUUCGGCAGUGCCUGGCGGGCCGGGAUCGCAAUACCAUGCUGGCCAAUAAGGAGUGCCAGGCGGCCCUGGAGGUCUUGCAGGAAAGCCCACUGUAUGACUGCCGCUGCAAGCGGGGUAUGAAGAAGGAGCUGCAGUGUCUGCAGAUCUACUGGAGCAUCCAUCUGGGGCUGACAGAGGGUGAGGAGUUCUACGAAGCCUCCCCCUAUGAGCCUGUGACCUCACGCCUCUCCGACAUCUUCAGGCUCGCUUCAAUCUUCUCAGGGACAGGGGCAGACCCGGUGGUCAGUGCCAAGAGUAACCACUGCCUGGAUGCCGCCAAGGCCUGCAACCUGAAUGACAACUGCAAGAAACUUCGCUCCUCCUACAUCUCCAUCUGCAACCGCGAGAUCUCUCCCACCGAACGCUGCAACCGCCGCAAGUGCCACAAGGCCCUGCGCCAGUUCUUUGACCGUGUGCCCAGCGAGUAUACCUACCGCAUGCUCUUCUGCUCCUGUCAGGACCAGGCAUGUGCUGAGCGCCGCCGGCAAACCAUCCUGCCUAGCUGUUCCUACGAGGAGAAGGAGAAGCCCAACUGCCUGGACCUACGCAGCCUGUGUCGUACGGACCACUUGUGCCGGUCCCGCCUGGCAGACUUCCACGCCAACUGUCGAGCCUCCUACCGGACAAUCACCAGCUGCCCUGCGGACAACUACCAGGCAUGUCUGGGCUCCUAUGCUGGCAUGAUCGGGUUUGAUAUGACGCCAAAUUAUGUGGACUCCAACCCCACGGGCAUCGUGGUGUCUCCCUGGUGCAAUUGCCGUGGUAGUGGGAACAUGGAAGAAGAGUGUGAGAAGUUCCUCAGGGACUUCACAGAAAACCCAUGCCUCCGGAAUGCCAUUCAGGCCUUCGGCAAUGGCACAGAUGUGAACAUGUCUCCCAAAGGCCCCUCAUUUCCAGCUACCCAGGCCCCUCGGGUGGAGAAGACUCCUUCACUGCCAGAUGACCUCAGUGACAGCACCAGCCUGGGGACCAGUGUCAUCACCACCUGCACAUCUAUCCAGGAGCAAGGGCUGAAGGCCAACAACUCCAAAGAGUUAAGCAUGUGCUUCACAGAGCUCACGACAAAUAUCAGCCCAGGGAGUAAAAAGGUGAUCAAACUUUACUCAGGCUCCAGCAGAGCCAGACUGUCGGCUGCCUUGACUGCCCUCCCACUCCUGAUGCUGACCUUGGCCUUGUAGGCCUUUGGAACCCAGCACAAAAGUUCUUCAAGCAACCCAGAUACGAACUCCCGCCUGACAGAAUGGAAACACACACACACACACACACACACACACACAUGUGUACACAAACGCACACACCCAUGUGUACACACACACACACACACACACACACACACACACACACUCCCCUUGCAAAAACACUUUUGUCCCCCCUACAUUGUCUCUGAACCUUUCUCCUCCCAAGUUUCUUCUCUGGAGAAGUUUUUCUAAACCAAACAGACAAGCAGGCGGGCAGUCAGAAGUCUGUCCAGAAGUCCCCUACCAGGGACAUCCAGCACCAAUGAGGGCUCAGGCGCUUGAGAGACUCUUCUCUUCACCGGUGUUUUCUCUCUGGACCAGAUGAGACCCUGCUGUGGAAGGGACUUUGCCGUGCCUGGUGUGGACUGGGGAAAGGACAAUUGCAGCUGCCUACUCUGGGGACCUACCCAAGGCUUCACAGAGUGUCUCAGUCAGCAAGGAAGCAGGGCUGGCCACAAGGACUUUGUCACCCCUUCCUCUUGGCUUCAAAGAUGGAAAUGGUUUGCUGCCAUUCCUAGCCCUUAUAUGGCCUAGUGGGUCUGAGUCUGGAGUAGAAACCCCAGUGGCUGCUCCAGGCUGAGGUUCCUGUAGCAUAGGUGGGGAUGGGAGCUGUCACAGGAAGAAGCUUCUCUGGGGACUGAGCAAGCCUUGGUUGGCACCAGCUCCAAGAGGCGCCUUCUUCCUUCAUGCCAGGAAUCUUGAAGUCAAAGAGAAAUGAGCCUCUGUUGGCUUUUUUUGUUUGUUUGUUUUUGAAUUAUUUUGUGGGUCUAUUUGGCGGGUCUCUCUUGGGGAGAAGGGCUAUUGAGUGGGGCUGGGGAGACGUGAGUUGGACGUGUGCACGGAACACUCUGGUGGGCUCCCGAGCUUGCCCCUUCGCUCUUCUCCUUGUUUCUGCUUUCUCUCUCUUCAUGUCUGAGACAUUCAUGCACUGUCUGUACAUACUGCACCUCCUUUCUCAGCAUAUGUUUAUAUCCAUAUCCAUAUAUCCUGUGAUUUUUUUCUUUCAUUUUUUUAAAGAAACAAAACUAUGGAAAUAAUACCCUACAGAUGAGCGAAAAUGUAUUAUUGUAAAGUUUAUUUUUUUUAAUAAUGUUGUCUAUGAUGGGAAGAAAGGUACCAGGACCCCUGAGCUCUGGUCCAGUUGGGCUGAUGGGGCUGUGGCCGGGGACUCCCGAUUGCAUUCACUCUUAACCAAGCUCCAAUAAACGUACUAGGAAGAGA